AACAUGCAAACUUUCAAACUCCCUCAUAGAUUGCAGGAGUGCAGCACUGACAGGCUUGGAGUACGAGCAAGCGGACGAGGCGCCAGUCGACAGGUGAACAAGGCAACAGAACAUCCAGCAUGGUGGGAAGGAGACGUGGCUCCAGAGCCAACAGCGGACCACACCAGCCCCAACAGCAACGCAGUGGGGGACCCCGCAAGACUCUGAGGGAGCCAGCAUUAUUUGCCAAGAAAACAGGAUAUGAGUCAGAAGUUCCUCAUGAAAAGAUGACCAUCGCCCAGGCCAAGAGAGGCACGCCAGGUCAGUCUUCAUUACAGGUCUCCACAGGCCAGACCAAUCACAGACCAGUCAGACUGAUCAUAGGUCAGUUUCACCACCAGUUUUAUCAAUCCUCACUGGGAAUAUUGAAGGAUGGACAGCGGAAGAGAAGAGAUAAGGGCCAGUCAAGAGAGAGUCAGAGGGAUGUGAACGUGAGAGGUGAGAAGAGGAGAACGCAGCGAGACAUCGAUACAGUUAUUGUUUUUGCUUUUCUUGUAGCAAUCCGGCCGGUGCGAGUCUAUGCCGAUGGGAUCUUUGACCUCUUCCACUCUGGACACGCKCGUGCUCUGAUGCAAGCAAAGAACUUGUUCCCCAACACACAUCUCAUAGUGGGAGUCUGCAGUGAUGAACUCACACACAAGUAUAAGGGCUACACGGUGAUGACAGAGUCGGAGCGCUACGAAGCCCUGAUACACUGUCGCUAUGUGGAUGAGGUGGUACGGGACGCUCCCUGGACCCUCAGCCCUGACUUCCUGAAGAAACACAAGAUUGACUUUGUGGCCCAUGACGAUAUCCCAUACACCUCUGCAGGAUCAGAGGAUGUCUACAAACACAUCAAGGAAGCAGGGAUGUUUGUGGCCACACAGAGGACAGACGGCAUCUCUACAUCCGACCUCAUCACCAGGAUAGUGAGAGACUAUGAUCUUUAUGUCCGACGCAACCUGCAGAGAGGCUACACAGCCAGAGACCUCAACGUUAGCUUCAUCAGGGAGAAGAAAAUCCGUCUGCAGAACCAGGUGGAUCGUAUGAAGGAGACGGUGAAGACAGUGGAGGAGAAGUCCAAGCACUUUGUGUUCAAGGUGGAGGAGAAGAGCCAUGACCUCAUCCAGAAGUGGGAGGAGAAGUCACGGGAGUUCAUUGGGAAUUUCCUGGAGUUGUUUGGUCCAGAUGGAGCGUGGCAUGUGAUCCAGGAGCAGAGUGGGCGCAUGCUCCAGGCCCUGUCACCCUACGCGUCACCCGUUGCCUCGCCCCGUGGCUCCCCCAGUAGCAGCCCCACCAGAGGGCGCUCCCCAUCGCCCCCCUCCUCUCCCACAUCCCCUUCCUCCCGAUCCCCUCGUUCCCCUCAUUCCUCUUCCACCUCCCCUUGUAAGGGUGCCUCUGCCCGUCCCUUAACCUCCCUCAGCAGCACGAGUGAGGGGGAUGACGAGUAGAGAUGGCACUGUCAUUCCCAAACAAACACAAACACUCAGUGUACACAGUUACUUUGUGCACUUCGUGUAUGUAAGAUGUCRCCCACAGUUUACCAUAUUUGUGUUAUUUGAUUGUGUAUGUUGUUAAGGUAACUGAAUGCACUGUGGCAUCUCAAUCAGUGACUCACUCCAUUCUCACUUCUAAUUCCUGUACCACACAAAAACAUAAAAAUAAUACCACUUUCACUGUC